AAAGAUGCCAUUUUCAUUCAACAUACUGAAAGGAUUCUCUACAUUGCACGUGGAUUAUAAAACAUUCACCAGGCAAUUAAGCGUUUUUCAUUUUUCGUUUCACUUUUUUUCAGUCUCUUGUAUUUAUAAUUAAAUAUAAUUAUUUCGUUAUUUGGGAAGCACAUUAAUUAUACAUUUUAUUUCGUAUUUCUCAUAGAUUUGACAUCAGGAAUGAGUAUAGAAAUUCCUGAAGGAUUGACGGAGCUGUUGCAGAGCUUUACCGUGGAAGUGUUACGGAAUCAGCCGGGAGAUUUGCUCGAGUUCGCGUUGCAGUAUUUCACCCAACUGAAGGACAGUGAGACUACCGGGGCCGCGUUCGGCAAUGACCAACAUUCGGCUUCGCGACCCAGUGGGAAAGCGGUCAAUUUCAUCGACGAAGCCAUGCAGAUCGAUUCUGAAAAUGGAGAGGAAGAGGAGAGUGACGAAGAGGAAUUCAUUGCUCCAGUGAUGAGUCGAUUCAUUAGAAGAGCAUCAGUUUGUGCCGAGGCGUUCAACCCCGAUGAAGACGAGGAAGACAAAGAACAGAGGGUCACCCAUCCGAAAACAGACGAACAGAGACAGAGACUACAGGAGGCUUGCAGAGACAUUCUGCUGUUCAAAAACCUGGACCCGGAACAAUUUUCCCAAGUACUGGACGCCAUGUUUGAGAAGUUCCUUGAGGUAGGAGAACACAUCAUUGAUGAAGACGACGAUGGCGACAACUUCUAUGUCAUUGAAAGAGGGACCUUUGACAUCUAUAUGAGGGUUGAUGGUGUAGAGAAGACUGUGGGAGCCUAUGAUAACAAGGGGAGCUUUGGGGAGCUGGCCCUGAUGUACAACACCCCCAGGGCUGCUACCAUCAUCUCCACCUCGCCCGGAGCCCUCUGGUGCCUGGAUCGUCUGACAUUCAGGAGGAUCAUAGUGAAGAACAACGCGUUGAAGAGGAGACUGUACGAGGAGUUCAUUGAAUCACUCCCACUGUUAACAUCAUUAGAGCUUUCAGAGAGAAUGAAGGUGGUGGAUGUGUUGUCUUCUAGAGCCUUCUGCGAUGGAGAACAGAUUAUCUCUCAGGGUGAUCUAGCAGAUUGUUUUUAUAUAGUUGAAUCUGGUCAAGUUAGAAUCACCAUGAAGAGAACCAGGACGAAAAAGGACCAAGAGGACGUGGAUAUAGCUACAUGCUCCAGGGGACAGUACUUUGGAGAACUGGCCCUCGUCACCAACAAACCCAGAGCUGCUUCAGCGUAUGCUGUGGGAAGUGUCAAGUGUUUAGUUAUGGACGUGCAGGCGUUUGAGAGGUUGCUGGGCCCCUGCAUGGACAUCAUGAAGAGAAACAUUGCAAAUUACGAAGAGCAGCUGGUUACUCUGUUUGAAUGUAGCACCACUGACAUUGAGGAGAUAAACCCAUGAAAACCAGAAGGGGAAAAAGACAGUGAGAUGCAUGAUGACGAUGUCAUAAAUUGGUUAGUGGGAAGUGGAAAAAGUAUUGUCACUUGGUGUGUAACUUUUCCAUAUCUACCUUUGUCAAGUAUUGUUUUCUUUCACAAAAUAGGAAACACGGUAUGUUAGAUAGGUACAGGAUCGAUUACAGAUAAAAUGCAAUGGUUUUUGAAGGAUCGUUGACUUGGGAGUCAUAUUUUUUAUUGAAGCAAAGAUAUCUGUGUUAUUCCAAAAUGUAAAUGUUCAUAUGUUCUGUCCUCACAACUUUCCCUUUUUGGAUUAUUUUAUAUUAUAUUUUACAAAUGUACAUUUUAUUGAUUUUAUCAAAGACAUUUUAAGUCACUUGUUUUGUAUAUUAUUGAUCACUAUUAUGUUAUGUAAAAUAUAAAUUGGCCUUUUCAGA